UCACUCAUUCUUUAUCAUGAUGUCGGGUUUCAGUCUUCAUCUGGAAUAUAACAGGCUGCAGUGAUCAGAUCUCUGAUGUCAACCAGAGGAAAUAAUCCACAGCAGAACCAAAGCCAGUCAAUCACAAGUGUUCAACAGAACCGCAGCUUACACACGCCGACCGUAAAACCACACAUUUGAAUAAAACGGGCGGACGGACGGGCCAGUCCUGCUCCGCCAUGGCCAGCACCAUCAAGGUAAGACUUCAGAAACACAAGAGAUGCACAUGACAUGGUCAUCACACAUCGACCUAAAAACACCUGCCUGUCAUUUAUAAUCAACCUUAUCUUACACUUCUCUCAAAGUUAUUCAAAACAAUUCUUGCAGUUAUGUCAAAAGUAUUUUUAUACAUAUUUGUCUUGCUAAACAUUAAAAAAUGUUAUAAAAACAUUAUUAAUGUUGUAUCAUCAUCAGUGCAAAGGUUCAAACAUUCUGAAUUAACGUUUUCAUAAUGUUGUUAGAAUAUAUUUUUGUCAGCUGCUGUUUGAUUUGUUCAGAUUCUCUGCAUCUGUUGUCUGUUUGUCUUGGUGUCAUUUAUUCUUCUUUUGUGAAGCGCUUAAUGUUUUAUUAUUCAUUUGUAUUUUGUUCUUGUGGUUUUUCCACUGUCAGGGAACUCAACAGCGUUUUAUGUUGCCAUUCAGAUUAAAUUGAUGUGUUUGAAAACGUUUUCUGUUUGAUUUCAGAAUUCUCAAACAUACAAAAGAAAGCACAUUUGAAGCUCUGAAACACAUGAAAUAUUGUGUAUUAGAUGUCAGUGUAAAUGUUUUAGACGUACAUUUACUGUUAAACUCAUCAGACGUAUCAUUUCUCUUCUAGUUUCUUUCUUCAUGUUUGUAAAUCUCUCCGUCGGCUUUAUUUGAAAGUCACAUUUCUGUUGUUGAGAGAAAGUCUCUGUAAUGUCAUCUCAAGCAUGUCUGUGAGAACGCAGCUGUAGAUUCAUCAGGUUGGCUUGUUUUCUCUGUGUUCAGGAGAUGAUUGGAGACCUUCAGGUGGGGUUUGUUGACGUUGCUCUCUCUCUCUCUUUUGUGCUGUUAAUGAUGGGUGUUCCUCAUCUUCCAUUGCUGAUGGAUGAUGGGAUGUUUCCUCUUGAACAUUCUCAGACCCUGUUAUCCUGAUGGCACUCUGAUGCAGGAAUGCAGGAAAUGAUGUCACAGCAGCACUUCCUGUCUACUGCGUUCAAUGUUCCUUUAGAGGCGCUGUCAGUGGUGAGUGAGGAUCAGUCUUUAUAUGAGUGCACAUACAGAGAGUCUGAAGGUAAGACGGAGAUGACGGCGUCCAGUGAAUUCAUCAGUCCAAGAGUUCAGCGGCAGGAUUGGUCAGCUCCGCCCACUGGACGUGUCACGGUGAAGAUGGAGUACGGUGCAGGAGCGGCGCAGGUGAACGGCUCCAGAAGUUCUGCAGAUUGUAAUGUAGGUAAAGGAAAAGUCUCUUCUGGUGCAAAUGUUCCAGUGACCUUCAAUAACUACAUGGAGGACAAACAUGUGCCACCCAUGAGCACCAAUGAACGCAGAGUUAUUAUACCUGCAGAUCCCAGCGUGUGGUCCACAGAUCACGUGCAGCAGUGGUUGGAUUGGGCCGUGAAGGAAUAUUCUCUUCCAGACGUGAACGUGUGUCUGUUUCACAGCGUUGAUGGGAAGCAGUUGUGUAAGAUGAGCAGAGAGGAGCUUCAGCAUCUCACCGGCAUCUACACGGCUGAUGUUCUUCUCUCUCACCUGCACUACCUCAGAGAGACUCCUCUUCCUCACUUGACCUCAGAUGAUGUUGACAAAGCCUUGCAAAACUCUCCACGGUUAAUGCAUGCGCGCAAUACAGGAGGAGCGAGUUUUAUUUUCCCAAACGUCUCCAUUUAUCCGUCAGACGCUCCCAGAUGUCAAAGCAGAGCAGACUUCAGUUAUGAUGCUGUCCGCCGCUCUGUGUGGCCCCAAAUACUAUCUGCAUCUAAAGUUUCUCAGAGUUCUGCUGCUGCUAUGACCAAAGCUGAAGAGCACAGAGGCCAGCUAGAUCUGUAUCAGAUUUUUGGACCCACUAGCAGCAGAUUGGCCAAUCCAGGUUCUGGUCAGAUCCAGUUGUGGCAGUUCCUCCUGGAGCUUCUGUCCGACAGCUCAAACUCGUCCUGCAUCACAUGGGAGGGCACCAACGGAGAGUUUAAGAUGACCGACCCGGACGAGGUGGCCCGCCGCUGGGGCGCGAGGAAAAGCAAACCCAACAUGAACUAUGACAAGUUGAGUCGAGCUCUGCGCUACUACUACGACAAAAACAUCAUGACCAAGGUGCAUGGCAAACGCUACGCUUACAAGUUUGACUUCCACAGCAUCGCGCAGGCCCUGCAGCCCCACCGUCCGGAGUCGCCUGUCUAUAAAUACCCGGCGGAUCUGCCCUACAUCAGCUCAUACCACCCUCAGAAGAUCAACUUCAUGUCUCCUCAGACGAUGCCCGUCGCCUCCUCCGCUGUCUUUGCCGCCCCGAGCCCUUACUGGAUCUCCCCCACGCCGGGCAUAUACCCCACCCCCCGCCACCCCCCCGCACACAUGGGCUCCUACUACUAAACG